CGUUAAACCCAAAACAACUGAUACCGUUUUCCUUACUUACUUGACUCGCCCAGCCCACUCAUCCUUCUCAACUCGUCCUGUUUACUUCCCCUCGUCCCCACAAAUUCUCUCCACAGUUUACCCCAAAUUACCAUCGACCGAUCCUUUCCAAAUUUCAUCCGGAGGCAGCUGGCGAUGGACCCGAUCCCGACGGAACUGGUUUGCCCCUCUGGAGAGGAUUUUGUCCACAUCGAAAGCCCUGACCCUAAUGCGGUGGAUUCAUUGAGCGAGAGUAUUGUGAAGGUCGAGGACGAGCUGCGUAGUGAAGGUGACAUUGGCAGCGAUGCGGUUCCGACUGGUGAACCAUCUGAUUCUCUUGAGCGAUGUAAGGUGGAGCUCCCCGAGGAGCUCUCCAGGAGCGUGAUGGUUCUGUCCUGCGAAUCUUCUGUCGAAGGCGGAACCUGCGAUGUCUACCUGGUUGGGACCGCUCAUGUAUCUCAGGAAUCUUGCAGAGAAGUUGAAGCUGUAGUUAGUUUCUUAAAACCACAGGUUGUUUUUUUGGAGUUAUGCUCAAGUCGAGUUCUUGUGCUUUGCCCCCCACCCAAAAAUACGAAGAUACCAACCUUUGGAGAGAUGAUAGAUAUGUGGAAAAAAAAUCAUAACAUGUUUGGAAUACUUUAUAGCUGGUUUCUUGCAAAGGUUGCUAGUCAGCUUGAGGUUUUCCCUGGCUCUGAGUUCCGUGUAGCAUAUGAAGAAGCAAGGAAAUACGGUAGCAAGAUUAUACUUGGUGAUCGUCCUGUAGAAAUUACAUUGCGGAGAACUUGGGCAAAGAUGCCCCUUUGGCAUAAGACAAAGUUGCUAUAUUCUUUGAUUUUUCAAGCUAUCUUCCUGCCCAGUGCUGGAGAACUUAAUAAAAUGUUGAAGGAUAUGGAUGACGUUGACAUGUUGACUCUUGUGAUUCAAGAAAUGAGCAAGGAAUUCCCUACUCUAAUGGAAACUCUUGUCCAUGAGCGAGAUCAGUACAUGUCGUCCUCAUUACUAAAAGUUGCUAGGGAGCAUAGUUCAGUCAUUGCAGUCGUUGGAAAAGGUCACCUACAAGGAAUUAAGCAGCACUGGAAGCAGCCUGUUUCAGUGAAUGAUCUUUUGGAAGUUCCAUCCCAAAAACCUGCACUAUCAGCUGUGAAGAUUAUCACCUCUAUAGGCGUGGUAGUUGCUGGGGUAGCUAUAAUCUCAGGCCUCUACAUGGCAAGCAAGAAAUGAUCAUCUUUGGUUAAUUGCCAAUGGCUGGUGGCCUAAGUAAGAAGUUGCUUUAUCGGACAGAGCUAUUACAUUAGAUUUUCAAAGCAAGGAUAUGCUUUUCAUCCCUACAUUCUUUCAUUGUUUCUGAAUUCUUGGUCAUGGACAAAUGAAGGCAUAAAGCCAUAUGCAUUGAGGAAAAACAAAGAAGCCCUUUGUAGUUUGUACACAUGCAUGGUUGAUUGUUUCCCCGUCAUAAAAUAGAGUUCCUCAUUCAUUUUUUUCUUUUUAUUAGGGUACUCCAUAUUGAUAUUGUUCAUGAAAAUGAUAGGGGGUAGUUGAUUACUCCAUGGUGCCAUUGAUGUCGAUUGCUGGACAAAACUGAAAGCAGAGAACAAAAUGUUACUCAAGACCAGACCUUCUAGGGUGCCAUGAAGCUUCUGAGUCUUCUCGUGGGCUGUCGGUGAUUUUUGCCGGAUUUUUCUUGAAAACAAAGCAUAAUUAGGAUUAUAGCAAUUUUAUGACAUGGAUGCUUGCUAUCGCAUUUCUUUCUCUUGCAUUUUUACUCUGGAACCAAACAGAGUAUAAUUAACCCAAAAGUCAAAA